CGUCGUGCGACGAUUUUUCACGGUGUCGUGUCUUCUACCCUCGGAAACAACAGCAGGAACGUUAAAACGUCACGGAUCGCCAGGCCCAUGUCCACCCUGAACGUCAUGACCACCGCGUUCACCGUGCUCUUGGUUCUACUGCCAGCUGCCUACCCGGACAAGAUCUCCAUCGGUGCAAUUUUUGAGCAGGGCACCGACGAAGUUCAGUCAGCCUUCAAAUUUGCGAUGUUCAACCACAACCAGAAUACAACUCGCAAGUUUGACUUGCAGGCUUUCGUAGACGUAAUUAAUACCGCGGAUGCCUACAAACUAUCCCGCCUCACUGUGACACACUUCGUGCGUCAUCUAUUACAUCAUACAACUGGCAUAUUAAUUUGA